AUGUCAGAUCUUGCAGUGAUUGACCGAAAGAACAGAGCCCUUUACGAAAAGGACACCGAACUACUUCGCUUGACAAAAAGGCUCAAGAAAGAAGGCCACGAGGCUACCGUAUCGGACUUGCUUCUUAAUGACGUGGCGACGGAACUGGCGCACCAGCAUCAGAAGCUGAAGUUUGCUGUCUACCAUGCGAAUCUGUUCCAAGACCGUCAGAAGUUACUUCUGAGUCUACUUGAGGAAUCGUUACGCCAUGGCCAAGAACCUAUUCAAGCUGUGAUUAACAACUGGAAGCCCAUCUGCAUAGGUACAGAUAGGAUCAGCGACCUCUCGUCGGAUGGGGCAGCUGUUGCGCAGCUUUUGAGAAUCGUCGACGCACGGAAUGAAGAGCUGGACAACACAGUUGGUAGGAUCUGA